GGGGCGGGGCCGCCGUGGCCAAUAGGCGCCGAGAGCGCCACGGUGACGGAGGGGGGCGGUGGCGCGGGCGCUGCCGUAAAGCGGACGCCGGGCGGCGGCGCGGGGGAGUUGUCACCGGCGCCGGCGGUGGCAGCGCGCGAGGCGGGCGGGCUGGGCGCUGCCUGCCGCCGAGGGCCGCCAUGGCGGGGGCGCUGGGCCGCAAGGCCGUGGACUAUGUGCGCAGCAAGGAGUUCAGGGACUACCUGAUGAGUACGCACUUUUGGGGGCCAGUUGCCAACUGGGGACUGCCUGUUGCUGCUAUUAAUGACAUGAAGAAAUCUCCAGAAAUCAUUAGUGGCCGAAUGACAUUUGCACUGUGUUGUUACUCCUUGACUUUCAUGAGAUUUGCCUACAAAGUGCAGCCAAGGAACUGGCUGCUUUUUGCAUGCCACUUGACUAAUGAAGUUGCACAACUUAUUCAAGGAGGACGACUGAUCAAAUACAGGAUGGAGAAAAAGAACUAAAUAUCUAACUUGAAAUAAGCCAGGGAAUGUGUUCAUCCCGAAUUACAACCAAGGAAGACUUGCCAUCUACAGUUGCUGUGACAGUUACAAUGCGGAUAAACCAGAAACACCUAUUAUGACAAUGACCCCACCAAGAAUCCUUCUACUAAUUUUUCUUAUCUUGCCUUUUAAAAAGUACUAUUCAGCAAUGUAAACCAUUGCAUUUAAAGUCUUGCUGCCUUACAGGUCCUUAAUAACUACCCUUUUAUUAAAGAGUUAGUCAUCCAAAUAACAAGCAAUAUUUGAAAACCAACUUUUUUUAUCUAACAGUCUACAAAAGUGGCCAGUGAUGGUUUGACAUAACUUGUUUUCAAAUCUACAUGAACAGAGGUCAGUAAACAGAACUGUAGGUGGUAUCAUUGUUCUAUGUAUUAAUAUUCUUAAAAGCCAUUUAACUUGGGUGCAUUCAUUCCUAUUCUGUCUCUUUUUUUUUUUUUUUUUUUUUUUAAACUUAAGCAGGGGCUUGCUAAUCUACAAGAACAAAUGUGUAGAUGGGCAGCCUGGAAGUGACCAGCUAUCCUUCUUCCCUUACUGCAUGCCUUGUCUCAUUAAAGAGACUUUGUUAACAUACAUUUUUAAGUCGCACAUUAUUUAAGAAGACUCAGAAAAGCAAAACCAUAACACUGAAUGAAGGAAGGCAAAAAAGUCUGUUUCUGUUUUUUAAGAAGUUCUAAAUGCAUUUUAUUUCUUUUCCUACUGUUUGAGUUGUUCUAGAUGUAUGUAAUCCUUAUACAGGCAAAAACUUAACUUGUUUGGAGUCUAAUAUCUGAAGGACACAAGGUGCCUUUUGGUAGUUUUUGACUUCAUUGGGAGUGUGGUUUUCCUGCAUGACCUGCCUGAAAGUUACAUUCAUCUAAAGAUAUAGAUGACAAAGAAUGUAUGUGAUGGAUUGUAUUUCAGUGCAGUGUUUUUGAACAAUAAACAUGUUCCAGAUGGCAAUAAA